AUAUUUACUUUUUACUUUUAUCCUAAUUGACGGUCGACUGGGAGGCGUCGGGUCCCUUUACUUGGAGUAUAUUUUCUGCGUCAACGCUUCCUAUUUCAAGCGCCCUUCACGAUCACCUUUUUAUUCUUAAAGCCAUUGCAAAAGUCUGGACCAAUCCUUUUCUCCAUACGCCUCGGCUUCUUAUCGCUUGGUGCAAAGCAAAUCGAUUUAACAAGCUAUCCACGCAGAGUUCAUUACUCCCAAGUGUCAUCGUUUUGUGCAGUUUCCUUUUCUCCCUUACCCCAACCCCUUCGCACGCGUUUAACCGAGGUUUCAGCUCCACAACGCGCAACAUGACCGUCACGAAGAUCAAAAGCCACGAGGAGUUUGAGAAAUUGUCGUGCAGCGGCAAACCAAUGGUGAUUGAUUUUUGGGCUGCUUGGUGCGGCCCAUGCAAGAUGAUCUCGCCAGUCUUUGAAAAACUUUCCAAUGAGAUUGACGGACUGAAUUUUGUAUCAGUCGAUGUUGAAGAUCCAAACUUUGGGCUACAAGAACACGGCAUUCGCGCUAUGCCGACCUUCCAGAUAAUCGAGAACGGGGUCAAGGUAGCCGAGAUGGUCGGGGCAGACCAGGUCAAGCUUCGAGUAUGUCUCUUGCCUUAUCUUCAUCCUCCUUUUUCUUUCCUUUUCAAAUCAUUUCUUAACGCUGUAAAUUGCAAGCCUCUCAAGACAAACAGGCCUUCUUUUGUAUUCUGA